AUGGAAAAACUGUAUCAGAUUGCGACUUUGCUGUAUCUCGAGCGAGCAUCAAAGAACUUUUCCGGACAAUCAGAUACAACCAGAGUGCUAGCUGACACAGGCUUCUCCAUACUGGCCGAGCAACUAGAUUGUUAUGCUGCCCUCCCGAUCCUCAUUAUCGGUCUAGAGGCACGGACCGAUCAGCAAAGAAUAAUUGUGCUCGACCUCAUCGAAAAGUCCCUUGCCAAAUUCCGCUCGCGAAGUUUGGAGGGCGUACAGAGGAUGGUUCAAACUGCAUGGAUCCAGGACGACCUCGAAACAGACAAAGACCUGGAUUAUGUGACUAAAGUGGAUACAAUUGUCACCUCGAACAACAUUAUUCCGACAUUCGCUUAG